UCGUGUCUGAUCUGCAUCGCCCGGCGACUGCCCCGACCCGCCGUCACCCCUCCGGAAUCCUUCAUCACCAAACAGGACACCACAGGGAAAAUCAUCUCCAUCGACACCAGCUCCCUGCGCGCCGCCGGCAGGACGGGAUGGGAGGAUUUGGUUCGGAAGUGCAUCUACGCCUUCUUCCAGCCCCAGGGCCGGGAGCCGUCCUACGCCAAGCAGCUCUUCCAAGAAGUGAUGACCCGCGGCGCCGCCUUCAGCCCCUCGUACCGGUUCACGCUGAGCGACGGGACGGUGCUGAGCGCCCACACCAAGUGCAAGCUCUGCUACCCCACCAACCCCGAGGUGCAGCCCUUCAUCAUGGGCGUCCACGUCAUCGACAGGGAUCACGGGAUGCUCUCCCCGCCGGACAACCCCAGCUCCGGCAUGUCCCUGCCGCGCUCCGGCCCCACCCUGACCCCCAACGUCUCUCCGGGGCCGGGAAUGGCGCUGCCUCCUCCUCCCUCCGUCCCCAAUUCCAACGGCACCAUGGUGACCGGUAACUCCGGCCAACCCUCCGGCUACGGAUGUUCUCCCGGGAGCCAGCUGGGAGCCGCCGCCGCCGGCGUCGCCGCCUUAAGCCAGAACCAGGGUGGCAACCACGCCCUACCCCUCUCCGGCUCGCCCAUGGGCAGCCCCGGCAUCCCGCCACCGCCGCCACCGCCGCAAUUCCUGUCCCCGCGCCACCGCCUCAGCCCCGGCCUGGUGCCGCGCUCCCGAGGGCCCGGCAACCCCUUCUCUCCCGCCGUGCCCUCCAUGCACUCGCCCGUGGGCAUGGCCGGCGGCGGGAAUGCCGGCGGCGGUAAUGCUCGCCCGUUCCCCGGCGGUGCUCCCGUGCCGGGGCUGCCGGAAGGGCCGGGAACGCCGGUGGGAUAUUCCACGCCGCCGCCGCCGCCGGUGCUGAGGCAGCUGAGCAGCUCUCAAAGCUCUCCCGGCCGCCUCGCCGGCAAAUCCGACUCCAAGGACAGCAAGGAGAUCGCCUCCAUCCUCAACGAGAUGAUCCAGGCGGACGGCGGCACCACCGGCGGUGCCGCCGGCGGGGAGGGCAAAGCGCUGGAUUCAGGAAUGUUGCACGCUGAGGGUGACUCCAAGUGUUCACAGGCCACCAGCCACAAGCUGGUGCAGCUCCUGGCCAGCACGGCGGAGCAGCAGCUCCGGCACGCCGCCGACGCCGACACCAGCUGCAAGGAAUCCUUGGUGACACUGGGAACCGGGAACGCCGCCGGCACCAGCGGCACCGGCACAGGCGGCGGCAGCACCGGCACCUGCCCGUCCUCCCACAGCUCCCUGACGGAGCGGCACAAGAUCCUGCACCGGCUGCUCCAGGAGGGAAGCCCGUCCGACCUCACCGCGCUGGCCAUGGAGCACGAGAAGAAGGAGAGCGCUCCCAGCGCCGCUCCAGCGGCGGCGGCGGCUCCGACGGCGGCUCCGACGGCGGCGCCGGAGGCGGAGGCGCUGAAGAAGAAGGACGUGAAGGACCACCAGCUACUGAGGUACCUCCUGGACAAGGACGAGAAGGAGCUGGGGGCGGCGCCGGCGCUCAGCCUGGACGACGUGAAGGUGAAGGUGGAGAAGGCGGAGCCGGCGAUGGAUCCGUGUCACACGGCGCCGGCCGCCAUUCCCAAGGCUCCGGCGGUGGCCGAGGAGGUCAAGAUGGAGACGCAGGGGCAGUUUGCUGCAGAGCUGGAGCAGCUGGAUCAGCUCCUCCCCUCGCUGGAAAAGGCGGCUCAGCUGCCAGGAAUGUGCGGCCCGGAGAGGAGCGAGGGCGGCGUGUCCGGAGUGUCCGGAGUGUCCGGAGUGCCGGUGAAGCCGGAGCUGUUGGCGGCGCCGCUCCAGCCCAGCACCGCGGCCAGAGCUCCCACGGGACUCACCCCACUCAGUGGCGGGCAGGGCGUUCCGGCCGGCCGGGUUCCCUUCGAGUUCUGCGAUCCCAUGGAUCCCGCCCAGCUCCGACCGGGGCCAUGUCCCGGGAAUACCGGGAGCCCCCACGGCCGCGGGCCGGCCCAGCCAGGAAGAGGCACCGGGACGGCUCCCAAUCCCUUCCCUCCGGACACAGGAAUGCCGGAGCUGGAGUUGGGUGUCCCGGAUCCGCAGUUCGGUCCGUCGGGAAUGGGGGAUCCGAUUCCAUGGCCGGAGCCCCGCGGAGCGCUGAGCAAACCCGAGGAGUAAGUACCACAUUCCCAACCUUUUUUCCCAGAAAAACAGGCGGGUUAUCCCAGCUCUGGGAGUGUCCCGC